AUGGCUCUUUCAGCUACUCAAAUGAGCCUCUGUUUUCAGUCCUAUUGGUAUAUGUGGUUAACAAGUGCUUUAUCAGGAUUACUUUUUAUGGGUAUUGAUAUUGGUAUUGCUGCAUUUUUUAUGGCAAAAUUUCGUAAGAGAAAACCAUCGAAUUAUAAACGUCCACCAACUGUUGAUAAUCGACCGCUCAGUCCAACUGAAAUUAAAACUUUCGAUGAUCCUGAGAGAAAUACUGCUAGUAGAAGAUCUAGAAUACGUGGAUCUUCAGCUAAAUCAGAUAAUUCUGGUAUAAUGGACGGUAGUAAUGAUUUUGCUCAUGCAACAUGUGAAAUGAUUAAUUUAUUUCGUCAACAAUAUGAUGUUCCAUCAGUAGAGUUAGAUGAUCAAUUAUCUGAAAUUGCGCAAGAUUGGGCAAAUCAAAUGGCUGAAACUGGUAAAUUAGAACAUAGACCACUUGAAUCUCGUAAUUUUGCAAGACAAUCACUUGGUGAAAAUUAUCUAGCACAAUAUCAAACUGAAUUAACAGCUAAUAAAAUGGUACGAAAAUGGAUGAAAGAAGGACGUAGAUAUAGAUUUGGUUAUGAUGGACGUCGUGAUACCAGUAAUUUUACGCAAUUAGUUUGGCAAGGAACACGACAAAUUGGUGUUGGUCGAGCUCGAUCUGCUGAUGGAAAUUGGUGGUAUGGCGUUGUUGUAUUUGAUCCACCUGGUAACAUUCCAAAUCAAUAUGCGGAAAAUGUAAAAUUUCCCACUGCAUAA